AUGCCGCCGCAGCAGCAAGAGGGGGAGACGGGCUACAUCAGCAAGCCGCUGCCGGCCGGCUGCGAGGUGCCGCCGGUGCCCCCGCGCCGGGUCCGCGGCGGCCGGGCGGCGGCGCUGGGCGGCCGCGGCCGGGCCGGCGCGGGGGGCGGCGGCGGCGGCGGGUUCGAACCCCGCCGCAGCGUCAAGUGCGUCCUGGUGGGAGACGGCGCGGUGGGCAAGACCAGCCUGGUGGUGAGCUACACCACCAACGGCUACCCCACGGAGUACAUCCCCACCGCCUUCGACAAUUUUUCAGCUGUUGUGUCAGUAGAUGGUCGACCAGUUAGGCUCCAGCUCUGUGACACGGCUGGCCAGGACGAAUUUGACAAGCUCCGGCCACUGUGCUACACCAACACAGACAUCUUUUUGCUGUGCUUCAGCGUGGUGAGCCCUUCCUCUUUCCAGAACGUGAGCGAAAAGUGGGUCCCUGAAAUCCGAUGCCACUGCCCCAAAGCCCCGAUUAUUCUCGUGGGGACCCAGUCGGACCUCCGGGAGGAUGUCAAAGUCCUCAUUGAGCUCGACAAAUGCAAAGAGAAGCCCGUGGCAGAGGAGGCCGCCAGGCUCUGUGCCGAGGAAACAAAAGCCGCCUCUUACAUCGAGUGCUCCGCUUUGACUCAGAAAAACCUCAAAGAAGUCUUUGAUGCGGCCAUUGUUGCUGGCAUCCAGUACUCGGAUACCCAGCAGCAGCCAAAGAAAUCGAAGAGCAGGACUCCGGACAAAAUGAAAAACCUCUCCAAGUCCUGGUGGAAAAAGUACUGCUGUUUUGUAUAGUA